CUCCUUCGCCUUCUCUGCCUGGCGCUGCGGCUGCGGCUCCUCCCGUGGGCCGGUUCCCGCUGUCCCAGCCUAGAAGCUGAGGGCACACCUGCGUAAUUGACCAGCUGGCCAUUGGCACCGGGAGCCGCAGGGUACGUCCCGGUCCACCCGACUAGGAACCCGGGACCAAAUUGUCCAGCCGCGCUCCUCGUCCCUGGCCCCGGAGGGCGUCCGGUUGGCGAGCCGCGAUCCGGCCCUUCCUGGCCGACGACUCAGCCAGAGCCCGCGCCCAGACACAGAUGUGGUAACGUAAACGAAGGGGUCUAGAAGUAAAAUAAAUGUCAGUGGAAAGGAGAGCUACCAUCACCAAGGUCAUUCCUGGCCAGGAGGAAGUUCAGGAUCCUUUGCCCUUUUGAAAUGAGAGAGACUAGAGGAAAAAAAAAGUGCCGAGGGGCUAAAGUAUGAUGAAGUUGAAACUUGCCAAAAUACAGUGAAAUCACUUUCAGAGUUAAAAGACUAUUAAGAACACAAGAUGGGGACUCCUGGUUCUGGAAGAAAAAGAACACCUGUGAAAGACCGAUUUUCUGCAGAAGAUGAGGCUUUGAGUAACAUUGCCAGAGAGGCAGAGGCAAGACUGGCAGCAAAACGGGCUGCCAGGGCAGAAGCAAGAGAUAUACGCAUGAGAGAACUGGAACGACAACAAAAAGAGCACUCUCAUCAUUCCUUUGAUCGGAAAUGGGGACAGAUUCAUAAGUGGCUGGAAGAUUCGGAAAGGGCCAGGUAUUCUCACCGGUCCAGUCGUCAUCGUCCUUAUCUGGGAGAUGAGGAUGCAUUGUCCAUUCGAAGUGUUGGCAGUCACAGGUAUGAUGUGCUCAAGGAUAGACCAUCAAGACUUUCAUCAUUAAAUCAUUCUUAUAGUCACUCUUACGGAACAAAGAAGAGAUCUUCUGGUUCUCAUAAAGACCUGCUGAGUGGCCUUUACUUUGACCAGAGAAAUUAUAGCUGUCUUAGACAUAGCAAACCCUCCUCUGCCUACUACUGUCGGCAGUCUUCUUCCCUGAACAGUGAUCCCCUGGCGAUAUCUAAGAGUUACAGGGUCUCCCCUACUGCAAAUUCUGGUCUGCUGAGAAGUGCCAGUCUGGCAUCAUUGUACAGUGGUGGAUUAUAUGAUCCUUAUGGUUCUCGAACUCCAUCUGAAUACAGUUAUUACUCAUCAAGAACAAGUUCAGCUCGAAGCAGUCCGGUGUUUACCAACGAUGACACCGCAAGCAUUGUGUCUUCUGACCGUGCCAGAUGUGAGCGAAGGGAGAGCGUGGUUUCUGCUGCUGAUUAUUUUAGUCGCUCCAAUCGUAGGGGAAGUGUUGUCUCUGAGGUGGAUGACAUCAGUAUCCCAGAUUUGACCAGUUUGGAUGAAAAAUCUGACAAACAAUAUGCUGAAAAUUACACCAGACCUUCAUCUCGAAAUUCUGCCUCAGCAACAACCCCUCUAAGUGGCAACUCAUCCAGACGAGGAAGUGGGGACACCAGUAGCUUAAUAGAUCCAGACACCUCAUUAAGUGAAUUGCGGGAUAUCUAUGACCUUAAGGACCAGAUACAGGAUGUAGAAGGGAAAUACAUGCAGGGCCUUAAAGAACUAAAGGAGUCUUUGUCUGAAGUAGAAGAAAAAUACAAGAAAGCCAUGGUUUCCAAUGCGCAGUUAGACAAUGAGAAGAACAAUUUGAUCUAUCAAGUAGACACACUCAAGGAUGUUAUUGAAGAGCAAGAGGAACAGAUGGCAGAAUUUUAUAGAGAAAAUGAAGAAAAAUCAAAGGAGUUAGAAAGACAGAAACAUAUGUGUAGCGUGCUGCAACAUAAGAUGAAUGAACUUAAAGAAGGCCUUCGGCAAAGAGAUGAACUUAUUGAGGAGAAUCAGCGCAUGCAGCAGAAACUAGACUCCAUGACAAAAGAGGUGUUUGACCUCCAGGAGACACUUCUUUGGAAAGAUAAAAAAAUUGGGGCCCUAGAGAAACAAAAAGAAUACAUUGCCUGCCUUAGGAAUGAGCGAGAUUUGCUCAGAGAGGAGCUGGCUGACCUGCAGGAGACAGUGAAGACGGGAGAGAAACAUGGCUUAGUUAUAAUUCCCGACGGUACCCCCAAUGGUGAUGUCAGUCAUGAACCAGUGGUUGGAGCCAUUACCGUUGUGUCUCAGGAAGCUGCUCAGGUCUUGGAGUCAGCAGGAGAAGGGCCACUAGAUGUAAGGCUACGAAAACUUGCUGGAGAAAAGGAAGAGCUCCUAUCGCAGCUUAGAAAACUCAAGCUUCAGUUAGAGGAAGAACGGCAGAAGUGCUCCAGGAAUGAUGGUACCAUGGCUGACCUGACGGGACUACAAAAUGGUUCGGACUUGCAAUUCAUUGAAAUGCAGAGAGAUGCCAACAGACAAAUUAGUGAAUACAAAUUUAAGCUUUCAAAAGCAGAACAGGAUAUAACCACUUUGGAGCAAAGUAUUAACCGGCUUGAGGGACAGGUGCUGAGAUAUAAAACUGCUGCUGAGAAUGCUGAGAAAGUAGAAGAUGAACUAAAGGCAGAAAAAAGGAAGCUACAACGAGAGUUACGAACAGCGCUGGACAAGAUUGAGGAGAUGGAGAUGACCAACAGCCACCUGGCCAAGCGCCUGGAGAAGAUGAAGGCCAAUAGGACAGCACUUCUGGCCCAGCAAUAGGGAGGCCACCCUUUGAUGUGGGUGCUUCUCCUUGGGGCCCUGCCCAGAGGAACUGACUUUUUGUUCAUUGACAUAAACCCCUUUCAGUAGUACUGUUUGAGUUUUGUCAUUAAAAUAGCCACCUUUGUAUUUUAUAAUUUAUGGGAGAAUGAAGCAGGUUUGAAUCUUCAUGAAUGAACACUUCGGAUUUUGUUUAUAGUUUGAUUUUUAGACUAAGAAGCAGUCCAUGCUAUUUUUAUUUCCAUAAUUUUAGAAUCACGUUUACUCAACAUUUUCCCCCAACUGCCUCAGUGACUGGCCACUCAGAGGCCUUGGCAUGGGGUCAAGAGGACAGCAAUUCCAUGAGCGCUCACUGAGAUACUUGCUGGAGACCUCAGAAAACACAAGUGCCUUCUCCACGGUGCAAUUCAAACUUCAGUGAUCUCCAGUGGUCAAGACAUUCAUCCUUGAUAUCUGAUAGCAUUUCUAUUUUAGUGAAGAAACAAGUUCACAAGUGGGGAAUCUAUGUUUCACUGAAAUUUAUAUGUUUGGAGGAAAAAGCCUUUUUUGUAAAAUAUUUAAAUUUAUAUAAGAAAAUGUAAGGAAAAAAUAUUGGGAGUGUAUAUAAAACUUGCUUUAUUGCAUGGGGCAGGGGAAGUCCAAGGCCUAAUACUCUUAAAGUAAGAGUAGGGUCCUAUUCUUCAAUAUUAACUGUGCUAUACCUUGUAAAGUAUUUCAUCUGCUGCUUAUUUGUGGAAUGAACCUCAGACAAAACAAAAGGAGGAGGGAAGGACAGGGCAGGCAGGUGGGAAAUCUGCCUAAAGAUUCUUAUUAAACACAUCCUUUUGCCAACCACAA